UGCCCUCCGUAAAAUAUUUUGCAGUUGGAACAAACGGGAGAUGUAAAAAGCUUUGAGAUAAUUAAAAUACGUGAUUUCUGACUCACAUCAGAGAGAAAAAUCAAGUAUAACGUCAUGCAGAAGGACUUCCUAUAAAACCAGAAAGAUUUAUUUUGAUGCAAAACGACUGGAUGUUGUUCAAAAUGACCUCUAGAACAGAGAUUGGUUCAAAUUCAGUUGGGAAGCUGCUUUGCAAAGAGAGGAACAGGCUCCCUGAAUCCAUAACAUUUCAACUUGAACUCAUUUGCUCCUCAGCAGAGAUUUAAGCAAAAUGCUUAUGGAUGGGCAGAAGGAGGGCACUAACGUGAUUUGGGGGAGUCUAGACAGAGCAUUCCUGGUCAGAAGGCAGAGAUCAAAUUUCCAUGAUAUCUACAGCUCUAGGGAUUGUAAAUUUGUGUUUUUAGAUGGGAAGACAGGUACAAUUCUUCCAGAAGGGAGAAGGUGGAAAUGGCCCCCUCCUACUGCUCUGAAAUAGUGGCUGGUGGGCCUGUGGGUUACUGGGGUGAGUAACUGAUGCAUUAAACUCUUCUCACCAGGUUAAUUUAUAGAGAUGUGCAAUGUUUUUGUCACCGUGACCUUUUUGGGUUUGCUUCGAUAAUUUUUCUCUCUCUGAAAAUUCAGGUUUGUAACCUGAUGUGCAGCACAAUAGUCUGUUUACAAGGAUAAAUGAGUGAACAUUGUUAUUGUUUGGAUCUCUUUCAUGUAAAAAGGAGAGGGGGACAGAACAGCCCCCUUCUCACCUCAGCAUGCCCUACUGACCCAGCUUCAAAGAUGUGACUCAUGGCCCCUCCAGCAGAAAGAUCAGGAGCAGUUUCUGGGUUGAUGCAAGAGCCCCACAGGACACAAGGAAGAUGAGGAUGGGAGGAACCUGGCUGGGUCUGCCCCUGGGACACCUGCUGGCUCUGGGACACAGGCACAAAUGGAGAACCAUGAUGGAUUUCAGAAAGUUCAGGCUGUUUGUUUGCCUCCUCGGGCUCAGCUGUGGCAGCUUGUGGUUUUUUUACAACUGGGCCGAGUUCUGCGUGUUCUGUGAGAACGGCCAAGGUUACCUGUUCCCCACAGAGCCUUUCAGGAGGAUAGAAGGAAACUUCUCCCAGCUCCCAGACACAGACUGCCACAAGAACCCUCCUUUCCUCGUCCUGCUCGUGGCAUCCUCGUGCCAGCACCUGGAUGCCAGGAUGGCCAUCCGGCAGACCUGGGGCAAGGAGAGGACGGUCGCCGGGAAGCGCCUGGUGACGUAUUUCCUCCUGGGAAGCGCUGUGGAUCCCAGCCAGCAGGCUGACAUCGCUGCUGAGGGCCAAAAGUACGGAGAUAUCAUCCAAAAGAACUUCACGGACACUUACUACAACCUGACUUUGAAGACCAUGAUGGGAAUGGAGUGGGUCCACAGGUUUUGUUCCCAGUCCAGCUUUGUGAUGAAAACCGACACAGACGUGUUUGUCAACGUUUUUUACCUCACUGAGCUGCUUCUGAGGAAGGAGAAGGCCACUGGGUUCUUCACAGGCUUUUUAAAGCUGCAUGAGUACCCCAUAAGGAGAAGAGGGAGCAAGUGGUAUGUGAGUAGGGAAGAGUAUCCAGGAAAGACCUACCCGCCCUUCUGUUCCGGGACUGGAUAUGUUUUAUCCAGCGACGUUGCCAGUCAGAUCUAUCAUGUUUCUGAGAGCGUUUCGUUCAUUAAGCUGGAGGAUGUGUUCAUAGGACUGUGCCUUGCCAAAUUAAAAAUUAGGCUGGAGGAGCUCCACUCAGAGCAGACGUUUUUUCCAGAAAGGAUCAGGUUCUCCGUUUCCCGCUUUAAGAAAAUCGUGAUGUGCCACGAAGUGGAACCACCCGAGCAGCUGAGCUACUGGAACCACUUGGUGACAGAAAACCGUGGAGAGGUGCUCUAGCACCUUCCCUGCUGGAAUUAACACACUGAAAUCCUCUGCUGUUAUAGGGCUGCUCUUGACCCCAGCAAAACUCCCAGUUAACUCCAGGUCCAGCACGUUAGAGAUUUUUAAGUGGUUGUUUUAAUGAUAGAAUUAUUAAGGUUGGAAGAGACCUCCAAGAUCAUCAAGUCCCCCCUUGGACCUUAUCAACUAGACCAUUGUACUGAG